AUGAAGAUGAUGCAUCCAGUAAAGAGAAGAAGGCUGGGUCAAUCUCCAAAAUUCAUCAACAAGCCAUUCCGUUCACCGCUCCGGAGGCCCGAUGUUCGAUGCCCGGUCCAAGCACCUGAGGAACAAAGCCACAGACCAGAUUCAGUGCCUGAACGUAAUCCCGCGCUUUCGCCAUCCGUAACCACUCUGGAAGUCCCGGUCCAAAGCUCUCCCACUUCUGCGUUGUCUCUCGACUACCAGUCUGCUCAUCCUGAGUACAAAAAUCUCCAGAAAAAAUAUUCUGCACUGUCCCACCGCCUCACACAACUGCGCCAGUCUCUUAACACGUCCCAACAAGCCCUGCAGAUUGAAGCCUCGGGCCAAGAUGCUGAAUUACAAACCUUGAUCACGAAAUGGAGGACAAUUGCCCGUGAGGCUGCAGAAGAGCUAUAUGCUGAUGCUAAAGAACGAAUUAACAGGAUGGGCGGACUCAUCGCAUGGCGACGGCAGGCAGCAGAAGAGGCACUGCACUUGAACAGAAAUACAGAGACAGAUGAGAUGCACCAUGAUAAUGUAAGUGUACUUGAACAUCAACAAUUGGAUGACCUGGAGGACUCUGAGAAAGAGGAGUCUUCUUUCUCCAUGGCCACCAUGCUUCAGCAGAUGAAUAUUGAUUUGUCAACCAUUGGUUUUGAUGGGCGAUUGGAACGGUGGGUUGAGUGA